CGUAGUGCCAAGUUCUACCUUCUUCACGGUGCGUCCCUUCAUUCCUUCUCAUUUGGUCUAUAUAGGAGCCUCCUCGUCUCACUGACAUCUCAGAGAGAUUUCUGGACAACGAAGAUGUCUCCACAAACUGGAUCCCGUCUGCUACUCCUCCUGUUCUGUGCAGGAGCCAUUGCUGUCGGUCUAACCACUGCACACCCCACCGAGGAUCAAGAAGAUUUGGAUACAAGCAAACCUGGAACGUGUCCUGCAAAUGUGGAUUACCCUGAUGAAGGCUCCAUGUUACAGAAUACAUGUACAACAGACCAAGACUGCCAAGACACAAGGAAAUGCUGCUACUCGGGGGGUAGAAGACAAUGUCUGCUGCCAUUGGACGCCAAGGAAGAUUCCUGCCCAAUCUUCAAUCCCUUAGAGUGUGUAACUGUCAAACCUGCACGCUCCGAGUGCCACAGUGAUGACCAAUGCCAAGGCACCGAGCGCUGCUGUAAUUACUGGUGCAGAAUGGCGUGCACACCAACAGUCCCAGUAAAACCUGGAACAUGCCCAAUUUCUUUGGUACAUUGUGAGUACCCCCCACCGACAUCAACGUGUCAGAUUGACAGUGACUGUCUUGGAAACCAGAAGUGUUGCAUCCCAGAGUGCGGUUUGGCGUGUUCCGAUCCCUUACCAUGAUGAUGGAUCGGUAGAAGAAGUCUGAAGAUUGGAAAGAUCCAGGUGUGUCUGUCAUGCUGCGCCUGCGCACCACUAUGGCCAUAAUGGAUCCCCUGCAAAUGUCUGAAGUUUCCCUUGUGUCAUUAUUACACCUACUGCUACUUAAUAAAGAUAAUCAGAAGGGU